AUGGUUCUCAUAAGAAAUGUAUUCCGCCUAACCGGCUACACGACCCUCGGCGCCAGCGCCGGCUACGCCCUCUGGACGCGCAAAUGCACCAUCGUCGACGUACCCCGCGACGACUACAUCUUCCAAUCAACGCUCUUCACCCGGCACAACCCCAACGACUCGCCCGUGACACAAGACCUUUGCUUACGCAGGGUCCCACUGGAAAAGAUACGGCCAGAAUUACUACAGGAGGAUGGGAAACUGGUUCAGGCGUUCUGCGCGGGAGUCUGGAGUGGAUGGGGAUUUGCGUUUCAGCGCCGCUAUCUAGAGCAGAAGUAUAAGAGCAAGGAGACGGCGGAUAAUUUGUGGAGUACGGAGGAAUUGGCAGAGAGUUCGUACGAAGUGGGGCAGCGCCUGGUUGAUCAUUUCGAGGUUGUUGCGAAGACGGAUCGCUCGAUCAUGGUCCGAUGUGGUGAUUCGCCGCGCAUUCGGGAACCGCGGGAGUCUGAUGGCUUGUUCGAAUUGACGGUCGAUGUCAAGCGUAACGAAGGUGUUGCCGAGUUUGGCUUGAAGAGCGUUUUCUUCAAUGCGCUGACUCUUCCCGGGAAAGAAGGACAGCCUGUUCAAGGACCGAUGGAUGCGAAGAUACAGUGGUUGCACCUUCAGUACGACAAGAUCCUCAUGGAGACUGCGUUGGUCAAUGUGAGGAAGCUCAAAGCACAGCGAAACUAA